GAUUUGGAAGAAAUGCUUCAGUAUUUGUUAAUGAAACUAUUAAUUUUAACCUCUGUUUAUUCAUGUCGGGCAAGCAGUCAGCAUCGUAUUCCUCUUUAUCCAGUCUACAGUGAAACUAACCAACAUUUUGGAUAUGCGUUGAAGAUGAUAAUCGGCAUACCUGAAGAAGAAUACACAUUAUUGUUAAGUACACUGUCUCCGAUAAUGCAGAUAUUUGGGCCAAACUGCUUGCAUCCAUUUUGCGUAGGUAAAAAGAGUUACGGUUUGACGGGUAAAAAGUUAUUGAAAACAUAUCAGCUUUCAAGAAAUGAAAUUUUGGCAGAAGGAUGGAAAGAUACAGUUUCGUUUGAAAAGUCGAAUGGUUCUUUAUCCUUCAAAGAUUUUGAAUUUGCUGUAGCUGUAGCAGUUCAUUCGACAAAUGUGGAAGAUCGCAUUAAUGUCGAUGGCAUAUUUGGAUUAUUCAGAUCAUUCGAGGAAAAUCCUAUUUUUACAGCAAUGAUGCAAAAUAAUAUUUUGCCCAGCAUAGGAAUCGCUGCGCCACCAAUGGAAUGGAACAAAGAGGCGGUUCUAACUCUUGGUGGAUUUGAUCAAACUCUGUGCGAUACUAAUAAUUCAACGGUGUUAAUGCGGCAUUCACGAAUUUUAGCAUUUCCUUAUUUUGCUAUUUUCUUUGGCAAGACAGCAUAUGCACCAAGUUUUGUUCUGCGCACUGUUUUUGUUAUUGCUAAUUCUCCAUAUAUUACUGUAGCAUCAGCUUUCAUGGAAAGUAUUGCUCGGAAUUACGAUUUACAGUACAAUUCACAAUUAAACAAGUAUUUAACAAAAUCGAACAAUAUUCCUCAUUCUUUGGAUAUUUAUCUACACGGAAACGGGGACAGUCGCAUGGAUAUUCUUAGCAUUAAUUCGAAGUAUUUUAUUAAAAAAUAUAAUGUUACACAUAAUGAAUUACUGAUUCGGCCUCAUUUUGGUCCGCAGAGUACAAUUAUUCAACUUGGGUUACCUUUUCUUCAUUCUUAUUGCGUACUGCAAUCUCAUAAUGACUCUCUUUUCUUUGCUCCUUACAAAAAUUAA